GCCAGGUUCAAUUUCGGGGUCCAGGGUAGAUAUCUGCCCCACGUUUCGUCAUCCAACAUCAUUUUGAAGAAUUUAAUAGUCCCCGUCCAUAGAUACAAUUGGGACAUAUUCUCUACAUAGACGAUUGCUACCUAUUUCCCCUUUCUUCCGCUAUUACUAUUCUGAAAACAAAUAUCCCCAAAACAUGGUUCGCCACAAGAAAGACAAAUUCUCAUCUCGAGGUGGAAAAGGUCAUGGAAACGCCCGACCUCGACCGCGCACUACCGAAGAGGAUCCCGAACAGGGAUCGGAUUCUACUAAACCUGCCUUUAAAGCUGCUUGUUGGGAUUUGAAUCAUUGCGAUCCGAAACGAUGCUCAGGGAAGAAGUUAAUACGACUCGGCCUCAUGCGAGACCUUCACCUAGGCCAAAGACACAAUGGUGUCAUUAUCACACCUAACGGGAAGCACAAGCUCUCUCCCGCCGACAAGGAGCUCAUGGAUCAGUACGGCGCCGCAGUGGUCGAGUGCUCCUGGGCGCGAACGCAGGAAGUUCAAUGGAGCAAAGUUGGCGGCAAAUGUGAGCGCCUACUACCGUACUUAGUCGCUGCAAAUACCGUCAAUUAUGGAAAGCCUCUGCGGUUGAACUGCGUAGAGGCUCUGGCUGCUUCGUUUUACAUAUGCGGACAUUCCGAUUGGGCGGAGGAGGUUCUACGACCAUUCAAUUAUGGCGAAUCUUUUCUGGCUAUCAACUCGAAGUUGUUGAAGAAAUAUGCAGCUUGCGCAGACGAGGACGAGAUUGUACAGACAGAGAAGGAAUGGAUGGAACGAUUAGAGCGGGAGCAUGCCGAAAGCAGAGAGAAUGCCGACGACGACGAUUUAUGGAAAGGUGGCAACGUUAAUCGGCGGAUUAUCGUCGACUCGGACGACGAAGAGGAAGAGGAAGAAGGUGAUGACGAGGAAGAAGGUGAAGACGGAGAUAACGACAGUGUCGACGGAAUAUAUCUGGGCAAGAAGCCGACUCAAUGGCCAAAACUAGGGGAAGGCGCAAAAGAUGAGCAAGAGGGAGAGACCAGCAGGGAUCCGUUCGAUAUUUCAGACGACACCGACGACGAUGCUGAAAUGGAGGAGAUUCGACGCAAGGUCCUCGCGUCAAAGCCAUUCGCCAAUGCAGAUGAGAUAGACCGGAAGCCGAAGCCGCAGGCGAUACCGCCCCCGUUCCAACAGCAAAGAUAUAAAGUCGACUCCGACGCAGAACCGGACUCGGAUAACGGAUCGGACAACGAGGGAGAUGAUGCUUUCGAUAAUAUUAUCAACGCAACGCCUGUCACGGACAGGACAGGGCUGGCGAAACUUGAGAAGGAGAGAUCGAGAGCAAAUAUUAUGAGUCGGACUUUUUCGUCGGGUACUGCGGAGGCACCGAAGAGGUGGUGAUCAGAUAACUAUGAAUGAAGUGUAUCUGGUUAUUCUGUCACUCAUAUUAUGUUCUUCAGCCUUUAAUGGUGCUAUGGGGACUCUUUUUUAAGAUAAUACCGUAACUUUACGGGUGAUGUGCUCCUUGGAAGGGUACCUCGUAUAUGCCGUAUAAGUGCUCAACAUUGCUUGAGUAGCAAGUCCAUCAUAUACCCCUUAAAUUAUCUGGACCAUUCCAUUACUCUAAAUUCUGGAAUCUUAUUUCGCCACUACUAUAAAUAUAUUCUUUCUAUGUUAUUAAGUAUAAAUCGACAUUACACUGGAU